UGGUGUCCUUUCUCAAUCUCUCAAUCGCCUCCAAAGCCCCGAUCCGCCAGGAUGGACUCUGAUAUCGAAAUGGAUCUGGACUCGGACAACGAUGGGGAGUACGACGACGACUACGAUUACUACAAUACAGGCGAGGACUGCGAUGUGGAGCGCCUGGAUCCGAAGCGGGCCGAUCCCGAGUACUUCGAGUACGAGUGCCUCACUGUGGAGGACAUCGAGAAGCUGCUGAACGAGCGCGUGGAGAAGCUAAACACCAUCCUGCAGAUCACACCCUCCCUGGCCAAGGUGCUCCUGCUAGAGCACCAAUGGAACAACCUGGCCGUGGUGGAGAAGUACCGUCAGGACGCCAAUGCGUUGCUGGUGACGGCGCGCAUCAAGCCACCAACGGUGGCAGUGACGGACUCCGCAUCCACGAGCGCAGCGGCGGCCAGCGCCCAGUUGCUGCGUCUGGGGAGCUGCGGGUACAAGACAACGGCCUCGAGUCCGCCCCAAUACCGCAGCCAGAUGUGUCCCGUGUGCGCCAGUUCGCAGCUGGGCGACAAGUUCUACAGUUUGGCCUGCGGCCAUUCGUUCUGCAAGGACUGCUGGACCAUCUACUUCGAGACACAGAUCUUCCAGGGCAUCUCCACACAAAUCGGCUGCAUGGCCCAGAUGUGCAAUGUUCGGGUGCCGGAGGACCUGGUGCUGACGCUGGUCACGCGACCGGUUAUGCGCGACAAGUACCAACAGUUCGCGUUCAAGGACUACGUGAAAUCUCACCCAGAGCUGCGGUUCUGCCCGGGACCCAACUGCCAGAUAAUUGUGCAAUCAUCGGAGAUCUCCGCCAAACGUGCCAUCUGCAAGGUAUGCCACACGGGCUUCUGCUUCCGGUGCGGCAUGGACUACCACGCCCCCACCGACUGUCAGGUGAUCAAGAAGUGGCUGACCAAGUGCGCCGACGACAGUGAAACGGCCAACUACAUCAGCGCCCACACCAAAGACUGCCCCAAGUGUCACAUCUGCAUCGAGAAGAACGGCGGCUGCAACCACAUGCAGUGCUUCAACUGCAAGCACGACUUCUGCUGGAUGUGUUUGGGCGACUGGAAGACCCACGGGUCGGAGUACUACGAGUGCUCCCGGUACAAGGAUAACCCGAACAUUGCCAACGAGUCGGUGCAUGUGCAGGCGCGGGAGGCGCUCAAGAAAUACCUUCAUUACUAUGAGCGCUGGGAGAACCACUCCAAGUCCCUCAAGCUCGAACAGCAGACGAUCGACCGGCUGCGGCAGCGCAUCAACUCCAAGGUGAUGAAUGGCAGCGGCACGUGGAUCGACUGGCAGUAUCUCUUCAAUGCGGCGGCACUGCUGGCCAAGUGUCGUUACACCCUGCAGUACACCUACCCGUACGCCUACUACAUGGACGGGGGCUCGCGAAAGAAUCUCUUUGAGUAUCAGCAGGCUCAACUGGAGGCUGAGAUCGAAAACCUAUCGUGGAAAAUCGAACGGGCCGAAACGUCGGACUUGGGUGAUCUCGAGAAUCAAAUGGACAUUGCUGAGAAGCGCCGCACCACCCUCCUCAAAGACUUCUUCCCAGUGGAUACAUAGGCAAGGGCGAUGGCAACGAUAGGCUUCCAGGACCACCAGAAUACAGCAGAGUCCGAUGGCUUGUCGGGUUUAGCACAAAAGUUGAGUUCAUUGACGGUUGACAAGCCGACGGAAGACGAUACGACAUAAUAGAGACGCUUAUUUAAAUUAAAUUAUACACACACACACACACCCAUCUAAUUGUAUCCAUUUAGCGUUAGCCUAACGACGAGUAGCUAAUUUUUAAAUUAAUCUAAUUCUAAUAAUCAAGUGCAUAUAGACUAGAGUUGUAGCAUAGAGUGUAGUCGACUACUUGAAGUAUAAUAAUUAUAGUUGUGACAUUCGAAAUCACUCAAAUGAUCGGUUUAACUGCAAUACAACGCCUUGCGCAGAACGACGUUAACGAUAGUAGCUAAAGCCCUAGCGAUAGCGUUACCGGUAGCUAUACCAUAACUAUAUACCUAGCAAUGAAUCCAGACGCAUUUCCGUGGCCAUGUGUUCCAACAGUUUUCCAAAAACUAGUUUGCCCAACAACUAGCGACCCGACAAAAGUGCAGAUAUAAUUCUAAAUUUAUGGCGCCAAUCCAGUCAAGCAAUUUUAGAUCAAAGACCCGCGUGUGCAGAUCAUCGGUUCACCGGCCUAGAUCCUAAGUUUUAAAUCUCGUAUUAACUCCCUGAGAGAGGCCUGAUCGGCAGACUCGAUAACAGCAUCAAGUAUUCGUAAAAUAUAUCUCGCAACUUGCAACCAUCUGCAGCGCAUCAAUCGAAGGCGAAAAGUCUUGAAUUUAAACGAAACUAGGUAAUCCUCUCCCCCUGGAUCCCAUUAUACUCGAUUCUCAUUCGAUUCUCGAUUAAAGAUGUAAGCUGAAUCAUAAAUUAUAUAUUCUAGGAUUACGCUAUGUAUGUAUAUGCUUAUGCGACUGAAUUUGAAUUAAAUUUACACUAGAUAUAUAUCUAUAUAUAUGUAUAUAAAUA